CUAUUCCUCCUUCCACUGACACCAAUGAUGGGGCACUAUUCCUCCUUCCACUGACACCAAUGAUGGGGCACUAUUCCUCCCACUGACACCAAUGAUGGAGGCACUAUUCCUCCUUCCACUGAUACCAAUGAUGGGGCACUAUUCUCCCCCACUGACACCAAUGAUGGGGCACUAUUCCUCCCACUGACACCAAUGAUGGGGCACUCUAUUCCUCCCACUGACACCAAUGAUGGGGCACUAUUCCCCCCCCACUGAUACCAAUGAUGGGGCACUAUUCCUCCCACUGACACCAAUGAUGGGGCAACUAUUCCUCCCACUGACACCAAAUUAUACUUUACAUCGCUACACAGACACUUACCCAUCAGCUGUCUUUCCUUCUCAC